CUUUACCCCAGGCCAAGGACCAAGGUCAGUGGCAUAUCGAAAUUCACUCUUGCCUAAUCUUCAGCAUAUCGUCUUCCCUAAGGCAGGAAACCAAAGGAACCAGAUCCAAGAUGAGCCUCGUGGGUAAGGACAUGGACAUUGAACUCGAGUUGCUUGAAAAAAUUACAAACAAGUUUUCAGAGGACCAAAAAGUUGGCAGUGGUGGGUAUGGAGAUGUUUACCGGGGCGUGUAUAAUGGGGAAGUGAUUGCUGUGAAGAAGCUUCACCCGCUCCAAGGGCUAGAUGAUAAAUCGUUUGAGAGGGAAUUCCGUAACCUUAGGGGGAUUGACCAUGAAAAUGUCGUGAGGCUACUUGGCUACUGCUAUGCAUUAAAAAUGAAGUUUGUUACGCACAACGGAGAGUUAGUCCGUGCUAAAGAAAUGGAGCGCGUUCUCUGCUUUGAAUAUAUGCAAGGUGGAAGCCUUGAUAAACAUAUUUCAGAUGAAUCUUGUGAUCUUGACUGGCCGACAUGUUACAAAAUUAUUAAAGGGACCUGUGAGGGCUUAAACCACCUGCAUAACGCACGGGGAAAACCUAUUUUCCAUCUGGACUUAAAACCUGCUAAUAUAUUGCUUGAUCAGAAUAAGACGCCAAAAAUCGGAGAUCUCGGUUUGUCCAGACUUGUUACUUCAUCAGAUACCCAUAAAACAGAGACUAUCACAGGAACACAGGGGUACAUGCCACCUGAAUACAUGAAGGAGGGUUUUAUAUCGAUGAAGUUUGACGUGUUCAGCUUGGGAGUCAUAAUCCUGAAAAUAAUGGCCGGAAAUAUAGGCUACCCCCGCUGUUAUAAUUUGCCUCACGAAGAGUUUGUUGAGCUUGUAACUAACAGCUGGAAGGAAAGGCUGCAGGGCAGAUCGGGGAGUUCAUCACAAGAAAUAAACAUCCUACGACUGAAGGCUUGUCUUGAUAUAGCACUAAGAUGUGUACGUGAUGACCGAAAGAAGCGGCCUUCUGUAAAUGACAUUGUCAAAGAACUGGAACAACUAGAAUCUAAGAUCAAGGAAAUCUUACUCUCUUCUGAUCAGUCAAAAAACCUAAUUGGCCAGCAACAGAUCAGGAGCCCUGCUGACUCCAACAUUCUUGCCGUCGAUCCGACCCUGGAGCUGCGCUUUGCAUUCGAGCCAAAAAAGGACAUAUCGUGCUGUCUGCAGUUGACAAACCUAACUGAAGCCUCCAUUGCAUUUAACAUAAAGACUAACAGAACCAAGUACUACACAGAGCCCAGCAAAGGGAUUAUGCCACCAUGUUCCAAACGCUAUGUCUUGGUGACGUUGCCAGCACAGGAGGAGGUACCGCCGUCCAACGACAUGCAAUGCCAUGACAUGUUCCUUGUGCAGAGUGUUCAUGUCAGCAAGGAACUAACAUCUGAUGACGAGAUCACCGGAGACUUGUUUGAAGAAGCCAUGACGGAGAAGGUGGUGGAUGUGGUCAAACUGCCGAUUGUUUAUGUUGCACGAGCUCAGUUUACACAGUAAUAAUAUUAUAAUACCAUAAUUUUAACACGGCCGGCCGGGUGAGAUGUGCGUGUGUACGUACCACACAUCGGCACACAUCUAAGAGCUUAUGUACUUUUUAUUUACUGAAAGAAAACUAUAUUAUUGUCGUGCUUCAUGAAUAAAACUACAAUUUACAUUGAGUA